GUUCCGUUUCAGCGGGCGUAUCCUGGGCCUGGCUCUGAUCCACCAAUACCUACUGGAUGCCUUCUUCACUCGACCCUUCUAUAAGGGCCUGCUGCGCAUCCUAUGUGAGCUGAGUGAUCUGGAGUAUCUGGAUGAGGAGUUCCACCAGAGUCUCCAGUGGAUGAAGGACAACGACAUCGAGGACAUGUUGGACCUCACCUUCACUGUCAAUGAGGAGGUGUUCGGACAGAUCACAGAGAGAGAGCUGAAGCCGGGCGGGGCCAACAUCCCAGUGUCAGAGAAGAAUAAGAAGGAGUACAUUGAGCGCAUGGUGAAGUGGCGUAUUGAGAGGGGAGUGGUUCAGCAGACAGAGAGUCUGGUCCGGGGCUUCUAUGAGGUGGUGGAUUCCAGGCUGGUGUCAGUGUUCGAUGCCAGGGAGCUGGAGCUGGUGAUAGCUGGCACCGCUGAGAUAGACCUGGUGGACUGGAGGAGCAACACAGAUUACAGAGGAGGUUACCAUGACAACCACAUAGUGAUCCGUUGGUUCUGGGCGGCGGUGGAGAGGUUCAACAACGAGCAGAGACUCAGGCUGCUACAGUUUGUGACGGGUACCUCCAGUAUUCCCUAUGAGGGUUUCGCCUCUCUCCGAGGCAGCAACGGACCCCGCAGGUUCUGUGUGGAGAAAUGGGGCAAAGUUACCUCUCUACCCAGGGCUCACACCUGUUUCAACCGGCUGGACCUCCCUCCAUAUCCAUCCUUCUCCAUGCUGCACGAGAAGAUGCUCACUGCCGUGGAAGAGACCAGCACCUUCGGCCUGGAGUGAUGACCCCUAUCACCUUUAUCCUUUAACCCCCACUCCUGCUACGACCUUUGACCCUGACCUCUGAACUGUAGUAUCACAGAGGUAGAGGAACCCAAGGGGUUCAAGGGGAUGACUGUCUAGUCUGUCUGGCACCCUGUUGUAUAUUUAUACACACUCACCUUCCUGAAGUGAGCUGAACAGAGGAGAAUAGACAGAUGUGUAUCAGAGGGCAUGACCCCUGCACAACGCCAGGGUUUCCCUGUGACGGUUAAGGUCACUUAGACACACUGCCAACACAAACCAAAGGAGAGCACCCUAUCACUCACACCCUUGUUACUCCAAUAAACCAAUGGGAGAGAUGGACUCGUAAGCCUCCAACCAAUCGCACAAUCAAGGAACAAAAACCAAGACCCGGAGUGAGACUCCAACUGGCUCAUCACGUUUUAUUAUUUAAAAUACGGAUUUCCAGUGGAGUCACGUAAGGAAGGUGGUGGUCGAGCUUUUCCUGGAGAGCAAAACCAAAGCUGCUUUAUCUCACUGAGAGGCUGAGGCCGACAUCACAGGACAUCUCUCCUCUGAUAGGCUGAGGCCGACAUCACAGGACAUCUCUCCUCUGAUAGGCUGAGGCCGACAUCACAGGACAGCUCUCCUCUGAGAGGCUGAGGCCGACAUCACAGGACAUCUCUCCUCUGAGAGGCUGAGGCCGACAUCACAGGACAUCUCUCCUCUGAUAGGCUGAGGCCGACAUCACAGGACAUCUCUCCUCUGAGAGGCUGAGGCCGACAUCACAGGACAUCUCUCCUCUGAGAGGCUGAGGCCGACAUCACAGGACAUCUCUCCUCUGAGAGGCUGAGGCCGACAUCACAGGACAUCUCUCCUCUGAUAGGCUGAGGCCGACAUCACAGGACAUCUCUCCUCUGAUAGGCUGAGGCCGACAUCACAGGACAGUGUUGCUCCUGGAGAAGGGGAUGAGAGAAGAGAGGAAGAGAUGAAGGAAGACGAUACAGGUGCUCUUCAGCUGCUGUGGCCACGCCUCCUGUCCUGUCAGGGAAAGAGAACCAACCAAUCAAGUUCCAGGCAGCUUUGUGACCUGAGCUUGUUGAACACUCUGACAGGUGUGUUCUAGAACAGAACACUGAAGUAGCCUAUCGUGAUGCGGUGGUGUUUGUGUGGUGAAGCUGAACUUGAAUCUCUCUACAGGCUUUUCUGCAAAAUGUAUUUUGUAACGGCCACAAACAAUGAUAUGUUUUUGAAUGUACUGACUGAUAUCACGAUGAUGCGCUUGAAUGUGUCGUUUUUGUACGUCGCUCGAUGACUCGUCAAAUCUAAAUGGCUGCCUCAUUCUUACCAAACUUCAGGGCAAGCUAUUAGCACGAAUAACCAAACUCAGCUACGGUUUGUUUCGAUAAAGACAUUACAUCGAGUUGGUCUUCCCAUAAUGUUAGACACAAGCUCUCACACACUCUUUCAGUGUUUUAGCUGUUUUCAUUGUUUGCAAGUAUGUUGAUUGUCAUCGUUGCUUUAUCAUUGAACUACACUGCCAGAGUAGAGGGUGAUCUGAACUUUUCAAAUCCGUCAUGUUUGGUUGUUGCUCUUGUUUUGAACUUGCUUCUACUUUUUCUCCUUCUGUACAUUAUCCUGAUUGCCACCUAAUUGAAUACGUUGAUAUGUUCCUAUUUCAAUAGGGUUUGGGACCCCGAUAUAACAUCGUAUAAUGACAGAUGUUUGUAUGACCAUGAUAAUGAAAGUAAAACAUGGUGAUUAACAACCUGCAUGUCGACACACACACACACACACACACACACACACACACACACACACACACACACACACACACACACACACACACACACACACACACACACACACACACACACACACACACACACACACACACACACACACACACACACACACACACACACACACACACACACACACACACACAGGCUUACAUCAUGCAAUUAUAAUGUGAUCUGUGUGUGGGUGAUGGUAAGGUCAAGGGACAUUUAUAGCUUUAUAGAGACUUGUGACAGAGAACAUGUUAAAGUCAUAUAUAAGCACAGGUGCCCAUGGUGUGCUAUUACACUGACUGUUUUGAUGGGUGAAAUGUUGGUUUUCAAGUGAGGGGAAAAAAUAUAUUUUAUAGACGUAUCUACAGUACUAGGAAGUUUUAAGACGAGGAGUAAUGAGAAUAUGAAGGAAGAGUUAUAGAAACACAUACAUAUUUGUCAUGUUUUUCACUUCAUAUUCUGCCUUAGUCAGAAGGCCUUUGUCUGCCUUCUGAUAACACCAUAUUCUACUCUCAGGGUGCGUUCCAGGUCGCGCUUUAUUGCAGUCGCGCUGCUGCUGAGCAUUUUAGCCGAUUACCAUAUUAUAUGUAUAUCAUAUUAAUGUGUUUCCAGAGAGGUAAAUACUGUUCCAGACGUUAUCAGCUGAGCAGUGUGUCGACUGCAAUAACGAUGACAUGAAACGCGCCCGAUGUUUUUGUUUCAGGGCUGUGACCCCACCCAACCACCAUCACAUCCCGAGACUGUGGAAUGUAGCUAACAGAAUGUAAGGGACUGAAAUAGAACAACUUCCUGCAUUCUCUUCCAUCAUCCCAGGGCCAGUGAGAGACUGAUGGCAGAUACAUUACAUGUAUUACGUUAAAACAUACUAACAGAAAGGGAAGUGCACAGUUGCAUUACAUGUAUUUUAUUUUUAAUUUUUUAGACAUUUUAGUAAUAAAUCAGACGCUCUUAUCCAGAGCGAUUUACA